AUGAAAAUUAGCCCCAUUAGGAGAAAGGUGAACUCCUCACUGAUCGUGAGCAAAAGAAUCCCCUCGUAUUUGAAAAAGGAAAAAAUCAAUUUAAGCAAAAAUAAUGGCAGUUUUGACAAAAAAAGCGUCAAAUAUAAUCAAGUGCCACAAUUUGUUCAGGAAAUAAUAAAAUUUACGAAAAAAAAUAAACUCCUCCAGGAGGAAGAUAACAGUGUAAUAAGCAAAAACAAACUUAUUUUUUUAAAUAACCUGUUGAGCGAAAUACAAAGGAAUAAAACAAUCCUUACUUCAUCUUCCAUACACGACUUAUAUCGAUGUCUGUACAAACUAAAUUAUUUAAAAAUAGACGUCAUCUGCACUCUGUUCAGUAUACUCAUAAAUAACACAAUAAAUUUUUCCAAAAUAAGUGGCUAUGUUCAUUGCGAUUUUAAGGAAUUAAUAAAUAUUACAAAAUUUUUACACCAUUUCCAGAAAUUAUGUAAUUCAAAUAUUCAAGCAAUUAUACAAGACAGCCAUGAGAGUGUUAACCUACGAAUUGUGCAGAGGUACCUGAAGGAGCAUGGGAAGAAAAGUGGGCCCUCUGUUGGCGGCACAUAUAAUAGUGGUGAAGUGUACACACACGUUUAUAACUACAUUGCAAAAUAUGACAGGGUUGAUAAUGUAGAUAUUCUUUUGUAUUCCCUCAUAAAGGGGAAACAAAACAAUGUUGUUACAGGGGGGGUAGGAUCAUACAGGGAAGUGACGACUGACGGGUGUAGUCCUCUUAGGGAGGUGCCUUUGUUAGCUAGCCCCAGCGGAGCUUCCCAGGAGGAAUGCUCCUUGGGGGAAUGUAUAAGUGAUGAAAUUGGAAAUAUCCCCACGAAUGAGGCCAACCCAACGGAUAGGAGCGUCAUAGCGGAAGGGGCGAAGAAAACACUCCUAGUGGACUACAUAAACUCGUUCUACAAACUGAACGACAUGUUCACCUUCCUUCUAAAUAAAGUGUUAAAAUAUUUCAACGAAAACGCACAGAGCUUUAAUUUGUACCAUUUAAAGCUCCUGUUUUUCUUUUUGGGGAAAUUUCAAAUGUUUGACGCACACUUGAUGGAAAAAAUCACAAACAGGAUUAUCGAAGAAAUUGAAAGGAUAAAAACCAACCCGAAGCUUCUACAUGAUGAUACUUCCACAGAGGAAAGGAAGAAGCAUAACUACGCAAAUAACAGAAUGAAGAAACUGAGGAAAAAAUGUGUUAACACAUUUAUUAAAAUAGACUCGAAGGAAUUCCUAACCCUUCCAUACACAAUCGGUUUGUCGAUGAAUACAUACUUUAAUAACUACCUCAUCGAAUAUAUAAAUAUUUACAUCCUUAGUUUAAUUAACUCCAGGGUGAACUGCGAUAUGGUAAGUUUUACGUACUGCCUGGUAGGGUAUAAGUACAUCAUGGUGCACUUUUUUAUUUUGUUCAAUAUUUUUUUGUUUAAAGAAAAAUGUACGAAAAAUUCAAAACUGCUCGAUAAAUAUGGCAUCUUUUUGCGGCGAUUGGGGAGGGAUGCUACUUUUCGUGGAGGUGGCCAGUUUGGGGAGGCACACACUACAGUGCCAAGUGAAGAAAAGAAGAAUUUCCUCCGCAAUGGUAAUAUCGAACCGGAUGGACCUACACAAAGCACCCUCACCGGGGAAGAAAAACUGACCAAUCGUGGUGCCGACGUAAAAAUGUGGAAAAGUUCAAACGAAGAAAGUAAUUGCAUUGCAAAUAUUUCGUGUGCCCAGGUAGAGCACACUAAUGAAGCAGACAUAGUAGGGUGCCACACAAACCCUGAACAAAUUUUCCACCUGCUCCUAGGGGAGUUCCAAAUGAGAGUAGAAAAUAUCUUCCUAAUAAACUUGGAUAAACAUUCCAUGCAACAGUCAUACAACAGCGAACAGCUUCGUAAAUUUUAUUUACACUACAAAAAAUUGUUCCAGAAGGUAUUCAAUUACGCCAUUUUUCUCCUAAGCAAAUAUGAACCUGAGGAAAUGCUGCGUAUUUACAAAAAUUUGAAAGCCCAUGCACUGAACGACCAGGUUGUGAACCAGCUGUUCGUCGAAGUGCUCUACGAGAAGGCUGUUUUUAAUUCGGGAAAUGAAAAAAAAGUUUCAAGUUUGUUGAGGUGCAUUUGCGGUGAAUAG